ACUUAAACGUGUCUCUUCCUGUUUCUGCAGCCCACAGGAUACAUGGAGGCCCCUCUGUCCUACAGCACCAUAGAAGACCUGCAGCUGCUGUCCUGGGACAAUGCUCCCAAAUACUGUGUCCAGCUCAGCUUCCCUGGAGGAACGGUUCUGCUGCAGGCUGCUAACAGCUAUCUGCGGGACCAGUGGUUUCACUCUAUACAGUGGAAGAAAAAGAUCUACAAGUACCGCAAGGUUCUGAAUAACCCGAGCCGCUGGGAUGUUGUUCUGAAGGAGAUUCGCUCUCUGGUGGACAUGGCCCUCACUUCGCCCCUCCAGGACGAGUCCAUCCAUCAGGCCCCGCUGCACAUCAUCUCCACCCUGCUGGCUGAGAACACUAACCUCAGCGCUCAGGACCACGAAAACAUCAUUGUGGCCAUCGCACCCCUGCUGGAGAAUAACCACCCUCCCCCUGACCUGUGCGAAUUCUUCUGCAAGCACUGUAGAGAGCGUCCUCGGUCAAUGGUGGUGAUUGAAGUGUUCACUCCUGUGGUUCAGAGAAUCCUCAAACACAACAUGGACUUCGGGAAAUGCCCCAGACUCCGUCUCUUUACUCAGGAGUAUAUUUUAGCUCUGAAUGAGCUUAACGCCGGCAUGGAAGUGGUCAAGAAGUUCAUUCACAGCAUGCACGGUCCCACCGGACAGUGCCCUCAUCCUCGGGUUCUCCCAAAUCUCGUAGCGGUUUGCCUGGCUGCCAUCUACUCCUGCUACGAAGAGUUCAUCAACAGUCGGGACAACUCUCCGAGCCUCAAGGAAAUCCGAAACGGUUGUCAGCAGCAAAGCGAUAGGAAGCCACCCAUGCCCAUGCGUCUGCUGAGGACCGAGCCGCCGACACCACCGCCGAACACCACCCUUUCCCCACCGCCUGCCCUGCCACUCUCACCUCCACCUUCCAUCGUGAACUCUAGCGAGAUCCUGGUGGAGCUCGAGCGCAACAACAACACUGCAAACACGCUGCGAAAGGCCCCUGCAGAGGGCGACGGCGAGCCUAACCUGAUCGACUGUCUGCUGGUCAGUCCUGCUCUCAACGCCCUGUCCAUCCAGCUGCCCGCGCACGCCGACAGAGUGCUGGGCUGCUUCGCCCUCAUCCUCAAGAUGCUAUCCGACUAUGAUGACUGGAGACCAGCACUGGCCAGCCUGCUUCAACCCAUCCCCUUCCCCAAAGAGGCCCUCGCACAUGCCAAAUUCACAAAAGAGCUGAAAUAUGUCAUUCAGAGGUUUGCUGAAGAUCCCAGACAAGAGGUCCACUCCUGUUUGCUCAGCGUGCGCUCUGGAAAAGAUGGCUGGUUCCAGCUCUACAGUCCUGGAGGCGUAGCUUGCGACGAUGAUGGAGAGUUGUUUGCUAGCAUGGUCCACAUCCUCAUGGGUUCCUGCUACAAGACGAAGAAAUUUCUGCUGUCGCUGGCUGAAAAUAAACUGGGACCCUGCAUGCUCUUGGCCCUGCGGGGGAACCAGACCAUGGUGGAGAUCUUGUGUUUGAUGCUGGAGUAUAACAUCAUCGAGAACAAGGACACCCAGCUUCAGAUCAUCUCCACCCUAGAGAGUACCCAGGUCGGCUUGCGCAUGUACGAGCAGCUGUGCGACAGACAGAGGGAGCUUAAAGAGCUGCAAAGAAAAGGAGGCCCUACUCGACUCACUCUGCCCUCAAAAUCUACGGAUGCUGACUUGGCCCGUCUGCUGAGCUCUGGUUCUUUUGGUAACCUGGAGAACCUCAGUUUGGCCUUCACCAACGUCACUAGUGCCUGCGCCGAACAGCUCAUCAAACUGCCAUCUCUUAAACAGCUCAACCUGUGGUCCACUCAGUUUGGAGACGCGGGUCUUCGUUUGCUAUCCGAGCAUCUGGCCUGUCUGCAGGUUUUGAACUUGUGUGAGACUCCUGUGACAGACGCAGGCCUGCUUUCCCUCAGCUCAAUGAAAAGUCUGUGCAGUCUGAAUAUGAACAGCACUAAACUCACCGCAGACACCUAUGAGGACCUGAAGGCCAAACUACCCAAUCUAAAGGAAGUGGAUGUUCGCUACACAGAGGCGUGGUGAACGCAACGCAUCAAGGAGAUUUUAAGUCGCUUAUACAUCAUCCGAAUACGACAUAAUCAAGAAAAGGACGACUGUAUUUAUUCAAACAAGGACCUUGUGAUAUCAUAAAUGCUCAAAAAUCAUCUAGUGUCUCAUCAGAAAACAAGGACGCUCUUUAAAGCGGCAUAUCUGAAUGCCAGAACACGUUUCAUGACAUCAUCAAACAGCACAGAAACCUUUCUAAUGACAUCAUCAGGGGACUUUCUCUCAAACUCCCUCAGAGGAGCAACGGCCCUCGUUUUAACCUGUACCUUUUUUCGUCCCCUAAAAAGACAAGUUGAUUCGUCCCUUUUCUCCUUGAACCACCUGGAGCCAUUUCCCCUGUGGCACCAGCAUCUGGUGAAGGCCUGAAUAUUCAGAGCCACAUUCCAGUACACUUUUGAUAUCACCUUCUGUGUGGAAAGCCAUUUCCACGUCAUGUUAUUAUUUUUCGUUCUUGUUACAUGUGUGCUUGGUCCUCUCGGUUCAGAGUUCGUCAUUUAGUGCAUUCUCUCAAGAGAGAGAGGCUUCUGGUGUAAAACAUGAGAAGUGUUGACUUCUCGACAUGUCAUCUCUAUAUCUCUAUCGCUCUGAAAAUCAUUUUUAUCGACUUGAAUAAGCAUAUUUUUCCAUACACUGCUUUCAUAAAUGUGUGUGUUUGUAUAGAAAAUCGACCCCAUUUUUAAUGCGGACUUUUCAGGGGCUUUGCUCAGAAAACAAAUCUAUUUUGUUCGUCAUUUCCUUUCUCCUCUUCUUUAUUUUUUAGCCACAUUGUACAGCUUAAUUUUAAUUUCACACCCAUAUUUAAGAGAACAUCGUCCAGGAAGUAGACUGGGACUACUUCCCCUUUUUUCUGGUCCUUUUAAGAACUUUUGUCAAGCAUACUGAACCAAGAUGGUGCCUAAAACAUUGUUUUUCUGUAAAGAUAGCAUCACCUAGCAACUCAAGUCCGCUAAAGUUGUACAUAGAAACAUGGACUUUUAAAACAGGCUUUAUUAUUCUCUGUAAACUUCGCCUCUAGUGGUCGAUAGGAGUCCACCACGAGCGUCCUGCCACAACGGUCGACAAUGUUCGCAUAUUUAUAUCAAAUCGAGCCAAGAUUUGUGCUAUGUUAUGCAGUUCAACCUUUUUAUAUUUCGUUUUUCUCGCUUUUGUGAUCGGCGUAUAGUUUAUGACCACUGUAAUAAGUUACAGUCAAUCGCUCGACUAAUGAGGUGGAAGAAAAACAAUUGGAAGUAAACAAUCGAUUGCCGUCGUAACUUAAAUCGAGAAGUUUUCUUAUGUUUACAAAGGCGCGUCUGUCUCAACUCCCACUUUGAAAUAUAUCUAGACAGAGUCGCCGCCCCUUCUUGAAAGUAGCAGUUUUCAUAGGUCCAGCUUGUGUGUGUGCGCGCGUGUGUGUUCGGUUUCAUACAGAUAUAGAUGCCGUCCGGAGAUGGGGGUGGUGGGGCGAUUCGUACUGGGUGCCAUAAGGGCGCCAGUUUGUGUUCUGCCAUCUUGCGUAGUUGCAUACUGUAUAAUGUACAUAUGAGUGUAUAUAUAAUUUCCCGAGUUCUCUUUCUCUCAAGAUUUUGGGAGACUCAUUGUUGCCUUCAUUUUAAUUUUUGAGAUUCAUGCAUACGGUCACCUAUAUAUAUUUUUUGGUUCCCUUUUCCCGCUCCCAGACCAAGUGCACUGUUAUUGUAUUUGAAUUCUUCUUUUUUUCUGUCGUUUUAUCCACUUUUGUUGGUUGUUUGUUUGUUAAUUCUCUUUUUGCAUGUUGCAAUUUGAUCAUACAGAUUUUAAUAUAAGGGUAAAAUCACUAGCCCCCCUUCAGCCACUUACCACAUGGAUCAAUAUGUGUUUGUUAAAGUGAAAGAUGGACAGAGUUGGUGUGCGUGAAGUAAACGGAUGGAUUCAAUUUGAGAAUGUGUGCGUUAUUUAGGUGCGUUUGUGAGUGGACUUGAACCUGUGCCAUCUUGUACACUGGUGAAACUCAAGCCGUGGUAAUGUGACUGACAUUUCGUAAUGGUCUUCGUUUUUAACAGCGGACCAUUUUUCGGGAAGGAUUUAGGGGGCUGGGUUUCCCCCAGCCUUCAUUUUGUUAAAAAAAAAAAAAAACCAAAGCCAUCUCUUUGGAUGAUGGCUGAUCUAUUGGAUACUUCAGUCAGCUGAUUAUUAAUUUGUAAUAUCCUGUGGAGCUCACUGUGCUAUCUGUGUUUUCAGUGUCUCAUUAUCAACAACAUAUUAUGACGUUUCAUUAUUUUCAUCAUCUUCUUUUUCUUUAAAGCGCGCUUUUUGCUAUGUUGAAUUGAGACUGAGUCUUAAUGAGAUGCGAGUGGGGUCCCCGUGGCCCAGUGGUGUACAUACAGAACGAACUACAUUUCCCAUGACUCCUGGAGUUUCUGCAGAUAAAACUGCUGCCCUUGUUUCUUCUGUGUUUUUCUGCUUCUAUCUUCAGCUGGGUUGCUGCUGCUGCUGCUCUGUGGCUGUUGUAAUGAGAACACACAACCUUCAACAGGAAAAUAAGCCUAAUAUGUGAACCAGUUUCAAUCAAAAUAAACUGUCUGUGAAUAUGUUUCAAAUA